UUGAGCCGCCCCCUUUCACGUGACCGCGGGCCGCCGCGUCUAUAAAGGGGAGCAGCGGAGGCGCGGCGCGUCACUUACGUACUUACGUCCGCUGCGAGCGCGUUGUUGUUCAGUGCGGAGUAAGAAGAGCAGUUCUUCCGGCACCACCAAACAUGAGGGAGUGCAUCAGCGUCCACAUCGGCCAGGCCGGCGUGCAGAUUGGAAACGCCUGCUGGGAACUCUACUGUCUCGAACAUGGCAUCCAGCAGGAUGGCCAGAUGCCCAGCGACAAGGUGUCCGGAGGUAUUGACGACUCCUUCAACACUUUCUUCGCCGAAACGGGCGCCGGCCGUCAUGUGCCACGUGCCGUAUUCGUUGAUCUCGAGCCGACUGUCGUCGACGAGGUUCGAUCUGGAGCCUACCGGCAGCUCUACCACCCGGAGCAGCUAAUCUCUGGCAAGGAGGACGCUGCCAACAACUACGCGCGUGGUCACUACACCAUCGGCAAGGAGAUCGUCGACCUAGUGCUGGACCGCAUUCGGAAGCUGGCCGACCAGUGCACGGGUCUCCAAGGUUUCCUAGUGUUCCACAGCUUCGGCGGUGGCACUGGCUCCGGAUUCACCUCGCUUCUCAUGGAGCGCCUUUCCGUCGACUACGGCAAAAAGUCCAAGCUCGAGUUCUCAAUCUACCCAGCGCCCCAGGUCUCGACUGCUGUUGUCGAACCCUACAACUCAAUCUUGACCACUCACACGACACUGGAGCACUCCGACUGCGCAUUCAUGGUUGAUAACGAGGCCAUCUACGACAUCUGCCGGCGCAAUCUGGAUAUCGACCGGCCCACAUACACCAACCUGAACCGGCUCAUAAGUCAGAUCGUGUCCUCAAUCACCGCUUCGCUGCGCUUCGAUGGUGCGCUCAAUGUCGACUUGACAGAGUUCCAGACAAACUUGGUGCCUUAUCCUAGGAUCCACUUCCCGCUGGUGACAUACGCUCCUGUGAUCUCCGCCGAGAAGGCCUACCAUGAGCAGAUCACCGUGGCCGAGAUCACUAACGCAUGUUUCGAGCCUGCCAACCAGAUGGUAAAGUGUGAUCCGCGUCACGGCAAGUACAUGGCCUGCUGUAUGCUGUACCGCGGUGACGUGGUGCCAAAGGACGUCAACGCUGCCAUCGCGGCAAUCAAGACCAAGCGCACCAUCCAGUUUGUGGACUGGUGUCCCACAGGGUUCAAGGUGGGAAUCAACUACCAGCCGCCAACUGUGGUGCCCGGCGGAGACCUGGCCAAGGUUCCGCGCGCCGUCUGCAUGUUGUCCAACACGACAGCCAUCGCCGAAGCCUGGGCACGAUUGGACCACAAGUUCGACCUUAUGUACGCCAAGCGCGCUUUCGUCCACUGGUACGUGGGCGAAGGCAUGGAGGAGGGCGAGUUCUCGGAGGCCCGUGAGGACAUGGCCGCCCUCGAGAAGGACUACGAGGAGGUUGGCAUGGACUCAAACGAAGGCGCCGACGAGGGCGAGGAGUACUAGGCCGAGCGCUGGAUGCC